AUGACUCCGGAAACUGUUGCCGGAAAUCAAACCCGGAUGCUCGAACUGAUUGAGGAGGUCGUUGGGUUAGUACGCCAACAGUGGCAACAACCUCAACAACCAGUCCAGCAGGAUGUUAGUCCUCCUGAGCAAAGAAGGAGUAUAGCAGAAUUCAAGAAAAUGGCUCCUUCGGCUUUUAAAGGCACCACCAGUCCUCAAGAGGCCGAAGCUUGGAUAGACGAAAUGGAGAAAGCCUUCAGAGCAAUCGAGUGCACUGAUGAAGAGAAAGUUAGGUUUGCUGUCUAUAUACUUUUGGACCGAGCUCAUCAUUGGUGGAAGUCAGUGGAGCGCACAUUAGCACACGAGUAUGAGGUAGUUACCGGGCAGAGAUUUCAUACAGUCUUCUACUCCAAGUAUUUCCCCUCUAGUCGCCUGAGGGAGCUAGAGAGGAAAUUUUUCAAUCUGAAUCAAGAAGCUAUAACUGUGGAUGAGUAUGAGGCAGAAUUUGACAGGCUAUCUCGGUUUGCUCCCACCUUCGUCAUGGAUGCAGAGUCCCAGAUGAGGAGAUUUGAAGAAGGAUUGAAGCCUCACUUACAUCGGGGUUUGGCCGCAGUGCACUCAACAAAUUAUGAUGACCUGGUAGAUAGGGCCAAGAAUAUGGAAAUUGUCAGGAAGGAAACACAAGAUACAAAAGAUAGAAUACAAAAGAGGAGGAGCAGAGAUGAUGAUACUCAUAGUGGACAGAAUUCUAGCAGGAUAGUGAAAUCUCGUAAUAAAUCUUGGUAA